CCGCUGGACCACCGCUGGACCACCGCAUCUCGAUGAUAGAAGAACACGUGAUAAUACUUUGGUUUUCAACAGCACCAGAAGAACAGCAGCAGAAAAUGCGUUUACUGUAGCUGCGGUGCGGUUUUACUGCGAUACCCGUGUCUCAGCAUCCUUGGUAAAGUUUUCAUAAUUGUGUUGAGGCCGCAGCCAUGCAGCAGGAGCUUCUGUUUAAAGUCCUGGUCAUCGGAGACUUAGGAGUUGGGAAAACGUCCAUAAUCAAGCGGUACGUGCAUCAAAUCUUCUCCCAGCACUACCGAGCCACCAUCGGGGUGGACUUCGCCCUCAAGGUGCUGCAGUGGGACAAUGACACUGUGAUCCGGCUACAGCUGUGGGAUAUAGCAGGACAGGAGCGGUAUGGGAACAUGACCCGUGUCUACUACCGGGAGGCGGUGGGAGCACUGGUGGUGUUUGACGUGACGAGGGCCUCGACGUUCGACGCCGUGCUGAAGUGGAAGGCUGACCUGGACUCCAAGGUGACGCUGAACCAUGGGAGGCCAGUUCCAGCAGUACUUUUGGCCAACAAGUCAGACCAGCUGGCUUCCCAGCCGCCCAAACUCGACUCCUUUUGCAGGGAGAACGGAUUUGUUGGAUGGUUUGAGACUUCUGCGAAGGAAAACACAAACAUCGAGGAGGCAGCCCGCUGCUUGGUAGAGCACAUCCUGAGAAACGAGGAGAGCCUAGUGACAGAGCGAGAGCCUGGCUCCCUCGUCCUGUCUGGAUGCACUGCCACUACAAAGGAGCAUCUCAGCUGCUCCUCAUGUUCAAAAUAGCAACUUCUCACAGCAACAGCUGACCAGGAUGCGAAGGCUACGAGAGGCGUGUGGCUCAGGGACUGUUUGAAGAAAAAAAAAGAAUCAUUGCUUACAGCAAUCAGAGAAGAAAUAUAUAAAAUAUGUAGCAGUGUUCAUGGGCCGUGUUCACCAGAAGCCAACACAGUCCCUACUGAUCCUUACAGAGUCUAAACUUUAUCUUGAUUUUAAAAACUUUUUAAAGUGUUCAAAUGUUACGAAGCUCCGUGGAGAUCAAAUGUGCUUCAUAUUAUUUUACUUCUUAGUUGCAGUUUAUGGUUUUUGUCCCUUUCCUCCCACACACAUUUAUGAUUGAAUCAAUCUUUUAAAUCAUAACACUAAACGAUGAAACAUUUGCACCACAAAAGUCAGUACAUGCAGUAUUUAUUACUUACACUUUCCUCAUGCUUUUUUAGUUUGCUUUGAAUUGACAGCGUGACACUGAUAUUUGAACUGACAGCCCUCAGUGGUAUUUUUAUUCUGACUCUUACAUAACAUGAAAAAUUAUUUGAAACUUUGAUGUUUUUGCCUGCA